ACCCUAGUAUUUGAAACUCCAAAAUCUAUACACUCAUUUCACUGCCAUUCUCUUCCGCUUCUGAAUCGAAACACUCUACUUCUUCGGGAUUUUGCAGCGAAGAAAUGGCCACCACACUCGGAGGAGUUCACGAAUCCGAAGGAGUACAGAAUAGUGCUGAGAUCGACGGCCUCGCUCGCUUCGCCGUCGAAGAGCAUAACAAGAAAGAGAAUGCGAUCUUGGAGUUCGCGAGGGUUGUGAAGGCGAAGGAACAAGUUGUGGCCGGAACACUGCAUCAUCUGACCAUCGAGGCGAUCGAAGCAGGGAAGAAGAAGCUGUACGAGGCGACGGUAUGGGUGAAGCCGUGGUUAAACUUCAAGGAAUUGCAGGAAUUCAAGCACGCCGGCGAUGCCUCCUCUUCGUUCACCCCCUCCGAUCUUGGUGCUAAGAAAGGUGAUCAUGGUCCUGGAUGGAAAGAGGUACCAGUUCAUGAUCCCCAGGUCCAAGAUGCAGCAAAUCAUGCAGUGAAGACAAUCCAGCAGAGGUCGAACUCGCUGUUCCCUUAUGAACUUCAAGAGGUUGUUCAUGCAAAGGCUGAGGUGGUUGAGAAUUCUGUGAAAUAUGAGAUGCUGUUGAAGGUGAAGAGGGGAGACAAAGAAGAGAAAUACAAUGUUGAGGUGAACCAGAACAAUGAAGGUGGACUCCAUCUUAACCAGAUGGAGCCUCACCACUCCUAGACCUCUGUUUUUAGGCUAUUUAGCCGUGUGUAAUGAGACAAUGUGUUGUGUUUGGUAAAUAAUUUGCAGCUGAACUUGUGAUUUCUUAA